AUGUCUGAAGAGUCUUCACCAGGGGUAAUUGAAGCCUUGCUUAAUAGCAACGAAGAUUAUGAAAGAGUCACACGCGCAAUUGACAUCUUGAAUCGUCAGCUCGAACAGGCCCAGGCUGACAUAGUCACGCUAAAACUAGCAAAGCAGCAGUGGUUGGCCGAUCCGAUUUCUCUUGCCGAAAGACUGCGUGAUGGCACUUUCGAACAAACCCCAAACUGGCAGCGCAUUCAUAGAACCCCAAGUAUAGAUUGGUCUAGAUACCCGCGACGACCGUCAUUGUGUGUUGGUGGUGACACUACGCGAUAUCAUCCUUACAGAUCAAACAGUGAAACGAAGCCAUCUCUUACCUCUCCAACGACCUCAAUGAGCCCCAUGUCGUCGACAUCCCAUUCUUCGACAGAUGCCAUAUCGUCAACUAUAACAAGCCCAGAUGCGCCUCCAGAAGAUCCAUCUGAUCUCAUGGCAUUUGUGUUGAAAGUAGGCGCGUCAGUUGGAUUAUAUCCAAAAAGAAAACAAUCAAAAUCUGAAUCCGAAGGAUAUAACGGUGAUGGGGGACGAAGGUGGAGCAGCGGGUAUAGCGAGGCACCGGCGCGGGGGAAGGGAAUCGGCAAGAGCAUGGAACUGUUGUUUCCGUCAGAGAAUGAAAAUCAGAGGAUAACCAAUGAGGCUAGUACCGUAAAGAAUGAUGUCGAAGAAGUCAAGUCUGAGAGUGCAGUAGAUAACGAUUUUUCGAAGCCAGCCAACCAUAAUGUUCCGUGGACUGAUGAGGAACAGCGUCGUUUGGUAGAAUUAUUACGAAUAUAUCCAGAUGAGGAAAUUCAGUCACAUCGGUUCAAGAGGAUUUCAAUGGCACUGGGAACAAGGACGCCUAAACAGGUUGCUAGUAGAAUACAAAAAUACUUCAUAAAACUGGCUAAGCAUGGCUUGCCUGUUCCCGGAAGAAUGCCAAAUCUGAACUUCUCAGCAUCCUCAUCAAUGAUGAAAAAUAAAAGUCCCGGCGUGGUCUCCAAGUCUAAAUUUAAACCCACAAGACAACCAGAUAGUCGGCCGCGAAGACCACGCGUAUCUGGAGUAGCAUACAUGGAUUCACAGACACCACCAACCAUACUAAUGAACGAAAAUGAUGACGAUGUCAUAGAAAUUAUGCUAAUGAUUGUUGAUGCCACUCAAAAGAGCAUUGCCAACAAGGGAAUAAAGAAUGGCAAUAAUAAUGUUGGAGUGAAUAACGUGAUACACUAUGGGUUUUGCUGCGAUAGCUGCCAGAUUGAUCCCAUAGUUGGGCCACGAUAUCAAUGUGUUGAUUGUAUGGAAAAAGACCAGGAAAUUGAUCUAUGUGAAGUUUGCAUGGAAACCGACGACUUUGAAAUAGAUGGUCAUCAAAAGACUCACCACUUUGCAUUACGAACAACGUCCGAACCUAUACAAUCCAGAGAGAAUAGUAUAUAA